AUGGAUUUGAAGACAUCCGCAGCUACUGAAAUGAGCGCAGACGCACCGUGUGGUUACCAAUUAACUGAUGGAUUGUCUGAAGGCCCUACAGCUGUGAGUCGCCAAAGCCUGCUCAACACGCCCCUACCGCAUGUCGGUAGAGGCUAUUCCUCGGGGCUCCAGUUUCGUUGGGCAAAGGCACGUCCACCUUUCAAGGCCCCCUUCGUCUUGUCUUGGGCGAUUCUGGCCUACACUUUGGGGAUAGUGGCGAUCAUAUACUUUUGUAGGUUUCCUGUAAAAGGGGGCGCACAAGGAAGUCUACGAGCGCGGCGACUUGCAAGCUCCAAUACGGAUGGUCUACUAAGUCUCUGCCUGGAGCUACAGGGAGGAGAACUGUGGACCCUUCCCACUACCUUUGACGCUACGUCUCAAAGUUCGAGCAGCACCUUGCUGUCUCCAGAAGACGGCUCCAUGCGGAAACUAGAUGCGGAAACAUAUUUAGAUGAAAAUACGCAGAAGGGCGCAGCGGAUGCCAGUCUAAAGAGGCCCUUUCAAGUUAUUGAAGGGGAUCAGCUUAGUGCGCCGGACGCGAAAGUGCUGAAAGUCUCAGAAGCACUGCAUGUGCAUCAAUCUCUAGGCCUGCAAGAAAGCCAACUGUCGGACUUAUAUGGCCAUUUGCUGCUGGAUCCCUCUGCUGAAGACUUUACAGCAACAACGUGCCACCACACGUAUACUGUACAGUCCAGUGGUCUCCCUUGCGCAGAUAAAGUCUUACUAUCGGGUCAACAAGAGCUCAUGCCGUUAUUUACGCCUGAGCUACAGCCAUCUUCGCAAGACGCCUCUGAAAUGUGGCCAGCUCACAUCACCGGAACUGAGCGCUACGCUGAUUUGUAUGCCACGUAUGAAGUAGAAGCCUCGCACAGCACACACCAACCUGGGCUAGACCAGCAUGUUGGGGGAGCUCCUUCAGUGUAUCCACAGCCAGUUGGAAAGUUUCAACAGCAAUUUGACGAGGAUGUCUUAGAUCAAGUGGCAUUGCCGAGAACAAUGCAGGCCACCUUUCAAUCCGAAACUGCACCACAAGAGGCUUUGCACGGAGCCUUUUCAAUAUCUUCAGACCAAGUCAACACGCCUCAGCAGUACACCGAUACUCAUGGCACACAUGGAAGGAGUCCUUCAGAAGAAACACUAUUUAUUUCGUCGGAGGCUGAGCAGCAACUACCUAUGCAGGGGUCUACUAUGGCUUCAUAUGAAGUAUCCCAGCAAAGACAUGAUGAGCAUGCUACAAGUGAGGACGGAUAUUCGAGUCAGGCACCAGCCAAUCAGAUAGGAGAAUAUGAGCUGCAACUGUAUUUGGAGGAAUCCUACACGCCGUCCCCAGGCAGUGCCAAUGAACCUCCGCAGUACACUCUUGUCCAUGAUAUACGUGAAGUGAAUUCAAGUUAUCCGGGGCUCACGCCGCAGUUGCAGAGUAAGCAACAGCUGCACGCUCGGGGAAGCUUCACGGUGCGUUUAGAGCAAGGCGCUGGUUUUUCAAACGGAGCUGAAUUACACGGCCCACAGGGAUUCAGCGGAACUCAAGUGCAAAUGGUUUCCACGGAGGGCAGCAAAGAAAAAGUUUCGCACUACCCACAUCUCGCAGCGCUGCUUUUUGGUGGAGACGAAUCAUCUAGUAUCGGCGAAGCGUCUCACUCCUUUUCCAGUUCCACCGACCUUGGGGUUAACGACGAAAAGGAAGAAGACCCGUCUGCUUCACAUGGGCACUGCGCUACGCUAAGAAAAAUGCUAUUAGAAAAACCGACUGGUGCAAACACAAUAGACAUAGGAGUGGCUGCGCAUCCGUUUGUUCGUCUACCUCUCUUGGAUUCAGCUGUGAAACUCCCUCCUUCCUCUGAGCCCUUUCCACGUUGUAGGACGUGCCCGCGGUUUUUAGCUCGUGAGCUUCUUAUCCUCCGCAACAUUUUUCAAAACCGUUUCAUAGGCUUGCAGCAAGCAAAACAAAUAAUGAGGAUUGCAUCAAGAUUGGAGUUCCACGCACGUACCUUCAUGGUCAACGAACCGCCGAGCAGACCUUCCGCAGCCGUGGAAGUGCUAGGGCGCCGGUUCCUUACGUUGAACGCAAUACACUCAAUAAAAAAAGUUCUCGGUAACCAGGUGCAGUGGGAUAAUUGGUUCUUGCAUCUCGUCAGAGACGUGCCAACCGAGUACACCCAGGUGCCUACAACGACGACGGCUGACUUUUCUGUUUCGCUUUACUCCUUUGCAGUGGAGUUGAGUGCUGCAAUGAAAAUGUAUAGAAUGGGCAGUGCACCUUCUGAUGGAACAGUGCUCCGCAUUAAGCAGAAGCUUUUUUGUUCGCCAAAAAUUCCAAGGUGCUUUCGAAGGGAAGAAUGGGCUGCCUUCCGCUAUGACGAUAUCACCGAAGGUAAACCAUGCGAGAGUUGA